AUGCAGGCUUUCAACAACUGCGCGACAAAAACGCUGCGGCAGUCGUCGCGAAGAGCAUACUCCUCCGUUGUUGGUAGUUAUGCUGAUACUGCUUCCAACCUGAGAAUCGGAAAGGACACAAGAGUGGUUGUGCAAGGAUUUACAGGAAAGCAAGGAACCUUUCACUCGCAACAAGCAAUCGAUUAUGGCACUCAGAUCGUCGGAGGAACUAAUCCGAAGAAGGCUGGCAGCACACAUCUCGACCGACCAGUGUUCAAGAACGUGAAGGAGGCUAUGGACCAAGCACAAGCCAAUGCAAGCUUGCUGUUCGUGCCGCCGCCUCUAGCAGCUGCUGCGAUCGAAGAGAGUGUUUCUGCUGAGAUACCUCUUGUCGUGUGUAUCACAGAAGGAAUUCCACAGCACGACAUGGUUAGAGGAUUCAUACACAAAAGAGGACGAGUCGGUAUCGUGUCAAGAUCAGGUACCCUCACAUACGAAGCUGUCAAUCAAACGACACAAGCAGGCUUAGGCCAAUCUCUGGUUGUUGGAAUUGGUGGUGAUCCUUUCAGCGGCACCAACUUCAUUGAUUGCUUGAAGGUCUUCUUGGAGGAUGACGAGACAGAAGGCAUUGUCAUGAUCGGUGAAAUUGGCGGCAGUGCCGAAGAAGACGCUGCGGAUUUCCUGAAGAGUUACAACGUCAAGAACAAGCCAGUGGUGAGCUUCAUUGCUGGCAUCAGUGCCCCUCCAGGACGACGUAUGGGUCACGCAGGUGCCAUUGUCAGCGGAGGUAAAGGAGGUGCUGACUCGAAAAUCUCAGCUUUGGAAGCAGCAGGUGUCAUUGUGGAACGAAGCCCGGCCAGGUUGGGCAAGUCUCUGCACGAGCAGUUUGUAAAGCAGGACUUGAUCUAG